CUCUUUUCCUUACUUUUAUUAUUAUUUAAAAUGACAUCUAUAUUUAUACCGCCUCUUAUUUCAAUAGAGAAUACUUGUUUACUACAAACACCUUCUAAUGAUGAUGAAGGUUGUAAAUUAUUAGAUUCUUUCGCUAUUCUUGUUCAAAUUGGGCUUGCUUCAACUGCCCUCAUUACUUUAUUUUAUAAACGCUCAAGAGAAAGACCACAACGACCUAUGAUUGUUUGGGCACUAGAUGUCAGUAAACAGUUUAUGGGUGCUGCUGUAGUUCAUUUUUUGAAUUUAGCUGUUAGUUAUAUCGCAGGUCGACCUCGCAAUGGAGGACCAAGAACCAAUCUAUGUGUAUGGUAUUUCCUCAAUGUAGCAAUAGAUACAACUAUUGGUGUCGCUAUUCUAUGGUUCUGGCUUCAUCUGAUACAAGCUUUGUUAGAGACAUGUCAUGUGAAGCAAGUUAGGACAGGUCAAUAUGGUUCACCUCCACUACGUCAUAUGCUGGUACCUUGGUUCAAACAAACCAUUAUAUUUAUUUUGGCUGAAUCACUCAUGAAGCUAUGUGUCUAUGGUAUGUUUCGUCAUUUCCCAUUUUUAUUUUUCUGGGGCGAAUGGGUUUUAAGAUGGACAAAAGGAAAUUAUAAAUAUCAAGUUAUUUUUGUUAUGUUAAUAUUUCCUCUUAUUAUGAAUAUUGUGCAAUUUUGGAUUGUCGAUACGAUUGUGAAAGUUUCACCAAAGAAUAAGGACGUAGCUAGAAAUAAUAUAGAAGAUGAGCAUUCACCUCUUUUACCUAAAUAAUUCAUACCUAUUUUGUAAUAAACUUGCAUGCAUGCACCUUUUAUG